GUUUUUUUUCGUAAUGUUUACUAAUAUUUAACCGGCGUGUUGUGCAAUAUAUUUAAUACGUUUUAAGUAAAACUGAAGUGGAGAUUAUCUCCACGAACUGUAUUUCAUAAUGGCUUCAUCUUUAACAAAAGUGAAUGAGCACUUAAGUUUACUCAAGAAAGAGUAUACGAAACUGCAAACCCAAUACAACGAAUUAGAAAGAAAGUACAAUUCUCUAGCAGCACAAAAUAGUGAAAGUCAAGAUGCUAGUUUUGUUUCUAAUUUGUUCAUGACAGUAGCCACUCUUUACGAUGAUGAAACAUACUCAGACAUAAAAAUCAAACUAGCAGAUAAAGUUGUACCUGCACACAAAUUCGUAUUAAAUGCUCGUUCUGACGAAUGGAGUAAAGAAAAUUUAUUGAAUAUUAGUGAAUUGGAUUGGUCCCAUAUUUCAUCUAACAUAGCAGUUGCUUUAAUGCGAUGGCUUUAUACAGAUAUAAUUGAUUUUCGGCAAGGUGAUAGCAACUUUGCUUUAGAACUUAUGCGAACAGCACAUUCAUUUCGUUUAAUUUCUUUGAGAGUUCAAUGUGAAAGAAGCUUAAUUGCUAGUGUUAAUGUUAGAACUUGUGUUAAAUUUUACACUGCGGCUGAUGAGAUUGAUGCAAAAGAAUUGAGAGAACAUGCUUCUGGUGUUAUUAGUGCCUAUUGGGAUGAUUUGACAGGUGAAGAUUUUGCACACUUGUCUGGUCCAUCAUUGUAUCAAAUGUUAAAGAACAAAACAAGCCAACCAUUGCACAGUGCCAUAAGAUUACGCAGGGAGGAUGUCUUAUUCUUGUGUUUAGUAGAGAAUAACUCUAAGUUACGAGAAUUGGUCAACGCUCCAUCAAUCUCCGCAGACACCAGCGACUUCACCGUCACUCAAGAAGUACCAGGACUACUUCCUUUAGAAUUAGCCUUAUAUAGCGGCCAAGCAGCCGUCGCCAAUACUCUCCUUCAACAUGGCGCAGAAAUUGACACAAGAGCAAAAGUUAUUUUGAAUUCCGGAGCGAAAAAAGGAUCCAACGAGAACCUUGAAGGAUUACAUAAAAUCUCAUCAAAUGGCAACCUUGCAACAAGUUGGACAAAUGGGGAAUUUAGUGCAGAGAUGGGAGAGGCACCAUUAUUGCAUAGAGCGCUGGCCGCUCGAAAACCUGCAGCAGCAAUGUUCCUGCUGCAGAACGGCGCCGAUGUUCAUUUGACGGCAAGUCCCACAUACGACACAGCUCUCCACCUGGUAUCAGGCUCUUGCGAUUAUCUUCGAGAAAAUUAUAACUACAGUCAUGUGCCGGCGGACGAAUUGACCUGCAAUGGAGUAUCAGACGAAGAAAAGAAAACAAGAGACCAGGAAACAUUCGAAGUUGCCAAAAAACUAUUAGAACUUAAGGUUGACAUAAAUUGUCAAAAUAAAAGAGGAUUGACACCUCUGCAUAUAGCUGUGAUCUCCGACAAUAAACAAGUUUUCGAUUUAUUAGUAAACCAGAAAAAUAUAGAUCCCAAUUUGAGAACGACAAGUGAAGAACACACACCUUUGUAUUAUGCUUUAUCGAAAUUCGACUCAUUUGAUGAUGAAGAGCGCCAGAAUUAUAAUUAUUACACAAAGAAAUUAUUAGAAAUUGGUGCUAGGCCGAAUCCCAUAUAUAGAGCACGGGAUAAUAGCCUUAUGCACAUCUUGGCCGAAGAGGAAAAGGAGGAUGCCGUAAUAUUUUUAUGUGAUCACGUGAAAAACCUAAACCAUGUAAAUUCUGCAGGUGAAACAGUUCUGCAUGUGUCGAGCACAAAAGGUUUGGAUCGUCUAGUGACAGAACUUUUGCGGCGUGGUGCAAUGCCUAAUAUGCAGAAUCACGAAAAAAAACGUACAGCUUUACAUUGUGCGGUAGCUUUCAAUCGCGUAAAUGUGAUCAACUCUUUCAUAAACUACAAGAAAACUUUUGAUGAAAGUCAACGUCUUCCAAAUUCUGAAAACUUCAAUAAUUUACCCGAUUUCAACGUGAAGGAUUCGGAAGGCGAUACUCCAAUUUGCGUAGCUCUCUCAGAAGGUCAUUUGGGAGUGGUUAGUGCCCUUAUUCAGGGAGGAUCUGAUAUCAAUCUUAGAAAUAGUAAAGGUUUUACAUUGCUGCAUCAGGCUAUAUUGAAAGAAGAUGUUCAAACAGCUCUGUUCCUAUUGGAUUCUGGUGCUGAUAUGAAUAUGCUAUCUGAAGAUAAUGAAUCUCCACUUCAAUUGGCUAUUCACUGCAGGCUAGAAAAUGUAGUAGAAUCAUUAUGUGAAAGAGGUGUUUCUUUAGCUGCUCCUGAUCCUGUAUCUGGUUCGCCAACAUCUAAUGGGCAAAAAGUAUCGGCCAGUCCACUCUGGUGCGCAUUAGAAUCAGGUCAAGAAAAUAUUGCUUCUAUUUUGGUUAGGCAUGGCGUGGACACCGAUUGCUGGGAGCUUGGUCCUGAUGGCUGCUUGAUGACCCUUUUACAUAGAGCUAUUGAUGAAAAUAAAGACGAUAUUGCAAUAUUUUUAAUACAAUCUGGUUGCGAUUUGAAUUCACCCAUUCAACAAGCACCAGGAUAUCCUCCAUCUGAUGCUGCUAUUGAAAAGCAGUCUCCUGCUCAUUCGUGCUGUCAAUGGGGUCUUGAAAGAGUUUUAGCAGCUCUCAUAGAACAUGGUGCAGAUGUAAAUUCUAGAGAUGGGGAUAUGAAGACGCCAGUUCAUGUUGCUAUUGAAAACCAGCAUGAACCAAUUAUUGGAAUGCUGCUUAGUUUACCUAAUAUAGAUUUAUCUUUGAGGGAUAAGAGUGGAUUGACGCCAUUUGCGACAGCAUUAACAGUUAAAAAUCACAAAGCUGCUCAAAGCAUUGUGGACAGAUUACCGAAUGCUGCAGAACAGACUGAUGGCAGGGGUAGAAAUUUCUUACAUACUGCUAUACUGAAAGGAGAUAUGGAAUCGGUACUUUUCUUAUUGGCCAGUGGAGUUGAUGUUAAUUCCAGAGUGCAGGAUUCAGAUCAGACUCCACCUAUCCAUCUUGCUGCUCUUUCAGGUGAUGAAACAUUGCUUCGAAGUUUAGUUUUGGCUGGAGCCCGAGUUAAUGACAGAGAUGCACAUAAACGAACAGCACUGCACGUGGCAUCUGAAGCAGGUAAAUCUGCUGUAAUAUCAGCUUUGCUGCAAAAUGCUGCAGAUUGCGAUGCCCUGGAUGGCGAUGGUGAUAAUGCAUUGCAUGUAGCAGCGCGAUCUGGUCAUUUGCAAGUGGCCAGGGCGCUUUUAACAGAAAGCACCAUAGAUGCAGAAGCAAUUAAUUUGAAGGGACGAAACCCGUUGCAUGAGUUAUGCAGGUGUGCUAAAGAAAACGCAGCCGCUAUUUGUGAACUCUUUUUGGAGUGUAUGCCAAAAUAUCCUAUCAAUACUCCUGAUAUACAGGGAAAUAGUCCGCUUCUUCUAGCUUAUCAGAAAGGACACAGAGCUCUUUGUACGGUUUUAGUGCGGGCUGGUGCAUGUUUAGGAGCUGAAAAUAAGGAUGGUGUCAACAUAUUCAACUACCAAGUGCCUACUAAACAAUUACUUCAUAGACUCCUAGAUCAACUAGCUCAGGAAUCCCCUUGGGCAGAAUCAGAUUUAUGUCAGGAAUGUGGGCUCAAGUUCACGCUCACAGUAAGAAAACAUCACUGCCGUCAUUGUGGAAGAAUAUUGUGUAAAAAUUGUUCUAUGCAAGAUGUGCCUAUUUUGAAAUUCAAUCAAAACAAACCAGUACGAGUGUGCUCUGUGUGUUUCGAUGUAUUGCAAAUCGGAAGUGGAUAGCUAGAUUAUAAAUAAGUUUUUAUAGAAUUUCUACAGAUGACUGUUAAUAAAUAUUUUUACUGUGAUUAUGUAUAAGUUGCUUGGCACAGUAUGAAUUGAUUUUAUCUUAGCUUCAGUUUGUUUUUAUAAAGAUAUUUCAUCACCUAUUAAGUUUUGUACAUAUUUUUAUCAUAAAUGUUUAACUGUAGGUUAAGAAUAUUAAAUUACCAUAAUAAAG